AUGCCGAUCUCGCAGAUAGUUUCCUUGGGAAUAGCUUCUCGUCUAUUUAUCUGGUCAUUAGCUACCAUCUCUUCAUACCUAUCAGACGACUACGACUCUUCAGCCAGCACACUAUUAACUGCAAAAGAUAGUAAUAACAGUAUUUCUAAUCAAGCGCUCCAAGUUUCCCUACGUUGGGACGCGUUUUACUUCUUGCAUCUCGCCGAAGAAGGAUACGUCUAUGAACAAGAACAUGCUUUCUUCCCGUUGUUUCCUAUUCUUGUUAGAGGCAUCGCAAACUUCAUAAAAUUGUUUCCGUUGAUUUCUACUAUUAUUGUCAAUUAUGAAAGAACGGCAUUACUCGUCAUUGGUGUAUCAUUGUCGAAUUUUUUCUUUGUGGCUGCCGCAGUCGCUAUUUACAAUCUUAGCAUCGCCGUAUUUCACGACAAAAAAUUCGCCUUGAUCACCGCUAUUUUCUAUAUUCUUUCACCGUCAUGUAUUUUCAUGUCUUCUUUAUACACCGAGAGUUUAUUCGCGUUUCUAAGCUUUUUGGGUAUGCAAUAUGUGGUAGAGAAGCAUUACUGGCGGGCGGCUUUUGUAUGGGCGUUUGCAUCUUUUACACGAUCGAAUGGGAUCGUAUAUGUUGGAUUCUUUGUUUUUGAUUUAAUAUUGAAAAAGGAUGAUAUUAUCAGUAAUCUAAAUGGAUCGAUUAACAUUGCAAAGGUAUUUUCCGCAAGAAUAUUGAAAUCAAGUAUUCUUUGCGUAAUUUCCACAAUUGGAUUUGUGGUAUUUGAGAUUUACGGGUACAUGAGUUACUGUCUCGAAAACAAAGCUACGACAACGAUGAUGACAAAUCCCCAUCGUCGUCCUUGGUGUAAAUCACGAAUUCCGUUACUAUAUACUUUCGUUCAAACUUAUUAUUGGAAUUGCGGAUUUCUAUCUUAUUAUCAAGUGAAACAGAUUCCGAAUUUCUUGUUUGCAACACCGAUGAUUCUUUUAUCGUUUUUUGGGAUAUUUGUGUAUGCUGAAUAUGACUGGAAAAGAUUUAUUUCUCUUGGAUGGAGAAGAAAUGAAGCAUCUAAUAAGACUGACAUUCACAAUAAGGGGACAAAAGAACAAGAAACCUCAACAUAUUUCUCCUCGAUGCUCCUACCAUUCAUUUAUCUAUGGAUGGUAUUACUUGUCUAUGCGCUCACAUCAAUGCACAUUCAAGUGAUCACGCGAUUCUUUUCAUCACAACCAACAGUGUAUUGGUUCGCUAGUUACAUGCUAAUCGAGUCGAAAAGAAAUGAUGUGUCGCGGAAAUGGGCAAAAUUAAUAUUAAAUUAUUUUGUGAUUUAUGGAUUGUGUGGUGUGAUACUUUUUGCGAAUUUUUUCCCACCCGCUUAG